GGUGCACAGAGGUGAGAUAUGUUUGCCAGCAUAAUUAUCAGAGCGAAAUCGGUAAAGGCAAAUCUCGAGGGACUCCUCGAUGAAGUACGACAAAUGGAUCUAACUCCGGCAAGAAUCACGAAGGAAAAGUUGAUGCGCCUCGAAAGGUACGUUGGCACUCUCGAAAAAAUCAACGACAAAUGGUUGGAACACAUUCAACUAGCCCCAAAGUCGCAAAAAAAGGAAGAAGAAGAGAAAUAUGAGGAAAUGGCAAACGACGAUAGAGGUACGGAUAUUAUCAUAACCUUAUCUAUGUAUAAGGACGAUGCCGAGUUAGCUCUUAAACGCUUAAUACAAAAUAAGGAAUCUCGUUUAACUGAAUGUCGUCCAGUA